AUGCACGUAGCAAUAUUUUGCUUGGUUCUUCUUUUCGUUGCGACACACGGUCUUCCAACACCGUACAAGUCACAAAACAGCUGUGGUUAUGACUCAUGCAAUUUGGGUAAACCUGAUAAACUCAAUGUUCAUAUCGUAGCUCAUACACACGAUGAUGUUGGUUGGUUGAAAACAGUCGAUCAGUAUUAUUAUGGAUCACGUAGUGAAAUUGUUAACCGUGGCGUUCAAUAUAUUCUCGAUUCAGUGGUGUCGGCAUUAUUAGACAAUCCCGAUCGUCGAUAUAUCUAUGUUGAAAUGGCAUUUUUCUGGCGUUGGUGGAAUGAACAAUCGAACGACACGCGUAAUGCCGUUAAACAACUUGUCAACGAAGGUCGCCUGGAAUUUAUCUCGGGUGGUUGGUCAAUGAAUGAUGAGGCAGCAACACACUACAAUUCGAUUAUUGAUCAACAUGCGUUAGGUGCCGAAUUUUUACAUGAUACAUUUGGCGACUGUGCUCGACCGAAAAUUGGCUGGCAAAUCGAUCCAUUUGGUCAUUCGCGAGAAAUGGCUUCACUUAUGGCACAGAUGGGCUUCGAUGGUCUAUUUUUCGGACGUAUUGACUAUCAAGAUCGAAUACCUCGAACUAUAGAAAAGAACUUAGAAAUGAUGUGGAAAGGAAGUGCCAACUUAGGCCGUCAAAGUUGGCUCUUCACAGGCGUUUUACCACAUUCAUAUAGUGGGCCGAAUACAUUUUGUUUUGACAUACAUUGUAAUGAUCAACCGAUUAUGGAUGAUAAACGCUUACACGAUUAUAAUGUUCCGGAACGUGUUCAAUCAUUUAUUAAUGCAGCGCAUCUUGAGGCUCAUGGUUAUGCAACGAAUCAUAUCAUCAUAACGAUGGGUGAUGAUUUUCAGGAUCAGAAUGCUCAUGAGAAAUUCAAAAAUUUAGACAAAUUGAUUCAUUAUGUUAACUUAGCGCAAGAGAAUGGUAGCAAUGUCAAUGUCUUUUAUUCUACGCCUUCGUGUUAUUUAUAUGCUUUGAAUAAAGCUGAACGAGUAUGGACAUCGAAAAGUGAUGAUUUUUUCCCAUAUGCUAGCGUUCCGUUUGCGUACUGGACCGGCUAUUAUACUUCCCGGCCUGCGUUAAAACGUUAUGAACGUUAUGCAAAUAAUAUUCUUCAAGUUACCCGUCAGCUAAAUGGAUUUUCCCAGAAGAAUUUGCGAAAUAACAUUUUUUAUUUGAGUGAAGCAAUGGGCCUUGCUCAACAUCAUGAUGCAGUUAGUGGAACAGAGAAACAACAUGUAGCAAAUGAUUAUGCUCAGCGAUUGUCUGAUGGUAUCGAUCAAGCAGUGGAAGUGAUCAACGAUGCUUAUGCACAACUAUUGCCUCGAGAAGGUCAAACAGUACCAGUGGCCCGCCAAUUUCUUUGUCCUUACUCGAAUAUUAGUGAAUGUCUGCCAAUUGAAGGUGCAAAUCAAUUCACAGUGACACUAUGGAAUCCAACUAUUCAUCCAGUAACAAUUCAUCCUCAUGUACCUGUCACUCGUGAAUAUAUAAUUCGUGAUCCACAAGGAAAUCUUAUUUCAGCUGAAUAUCUUCCGAUUUCGGAAACGAUGAAAAAUAUUCCUGGUCGAACAAGUUCAGCUCAGUAUCAAUACCUAUUUCAAGCAUCGUUACCAGCACUUGGUUACAAUACGUAUUAUUUCGAAGUGAAAGCUGAUGGGAUCAAGACCGAGCACAACAAAGUGAAAAUAGUACAAAAUCAAGCAUGCACUCUACAGAAUGAACAUUUGCGAGCGGAAUUUGAUAGUCUUGGAGAUUUAAGAAGUAUCACUAAUUUCGAUAAGCAAGUAGUAGUAUCGGUCCUUAAUCAGGGUUUCUACUGGUAUGAAAGCCACCCCGGUGAUCGUACAACUCCAGAAUUAUCUCCAUCAGGUGCUUAUAUCUUCCGACCGUUGAUUCCUGAGGCAGUACCCGUGAGUCUUUUACGUACAAUAAAUUGCACGCAAACAGAUACCGUACAAAAAGCAACGAUUGUUUUCAAUGAAUGGAUUAGUCAAGAGAUCAGCCUCUAUCGUGGAGCAUCGGCCAUUGAAGUCGAAUGGACAGUUGGACCGAUCCCCAUUGAAGAUAAUAAAGGCAAAGAAAUUAUUAUUCGUUAUAAUACUAAUAUUGAUAGUGGAUCGAAAUAUUAUACUGAUGCUAAUGGACGUGAAGUUCUUGAACGUAUUCGUAAUCAUCGACCAACAUGGCCUUAUUUCGUUGAUGAACCAAUUAGUGGUAAUUAUUAUCCAAUUAACAGUCGUAUUUGGAUUCGAGAUAAUGAUCGUCAACUGACUAUUCUUACCGAUCGAUCCGAAGGUGGUGGAAGUAUGUACGAUGGUUCGGUUGAAAUUAUGGUUCAUCGUCGCGUACUUCACGAUGAUUCGUUGGGUGUUAAUGAAGUUUUGAAUGAGACUGCUUAUGGUAAAGGUCUUGUUGUGACCGGCAAACAUAUUCUUAUUGUCGAUAGACCAGAAGAUAGCGCUCGACUACAUCGAAGUGGUGCUCAGCAAAUGUUCAUGCACCCUCUAGCUACCUAUUCCAUACCGAACACAUCAUCGUAUGCGAACUAUUCAAAUGUUUAUCGUCAAAGUUGGUCAGCUUUGUCAGAUGUGAUGCCACUGAAUGUACAUCUAUUGACAUUCGAUCAAUUAGCUCUCAAACAGUAUCUUGUACGAGUUGAACAUUAUUUUGAAUUGAACGAAGAUGAAACCUAUUCACAACCGGUGACAAUAGAUUUACAGGCUUUAUUUAAAAGCAUCGGUACCAUUAAUGAAAUGACUGAAUUAAUACUGACUGCCAAUUUACCAUUGUCCGAGCUCAAUCGACUCGACUGGAUGACAAAAGAAGGAGAAUCUUCACAUGUCGAUAUGUUUCAACAACAAUCAUUGAAAGAAACAACAAUCACUCUUAAUCCAAUGCAAAUUCGAACAUUUCAAAUUACGAUCGACUAG